GAGCGUGCGCCAUUUUCCUGUCCGAGGAACAACUAACAACGAGACAGCAUUGUUGAACAUCGCUCUGUUGGCCGAAAUGGCAGUGUAAAAGUGUGCCGCGACCCAGCCGCCAACAAAACAGUGCAUCCAGCCAGUGCACUGAGUCACUUCUAAUUCAGCAAAAAUGUCGUCCUACGUGGAAACCCUCACCACUGCUGCAUUCGACAGCAUAAAAGAGUUCGAGACUUACCUAUCAUCGUCACGCACUCCCUUCGUGACCAACAACAGCCACUAUGACCAUGAUGAUGACAAACUCACUGUUUGGCCUGGAAGACAUGGAGGACCUUCUCUGGAGGCCUUCCUCUCCCAUGGCUGACCCCAUGGACCUCCUAUCUGUUCUCCCUGACCAAGAAGAACUACAGGAAAGAGGAGGAACCUCAUUGGAGGGGGACACUUCACCUGUGUCACCCCUCACCUCCUCAUCGCUGUCUUCUUCCUCCUCUCCUCCUCCCUUCUACUCUCCUCCUCCCUCGCCGCCGGCCGUCCUCCUCCGGGGGGACAAGGUCGGGACUGAGUCUGACCUGCUCUCCCUCCCCUGGUUGGGCCACCCUGGUCAGCUGAGACAGACCGUCUCAGAUGACGGCAAAGAGGAUAUGUUCGGUGACCUGGACUGGAUGGCUGAGAGGGUGGAUCUGAGCGAGUUUGACCUGGACUCUCUGAUUGGCUCCUGCAGUCCUGCUGAAGAGUCCCCCGGCUCUCCAGAAGACCUCUUAGCCUCCCUGGAUUGCCCCAUGGAGCUUGACUCCCUCCCAGUGCCCGCUCUCUCAACCCCUGUGCUCUCAAGCGUUCCCUCUGCUUCUCUUCCAAGCAUACCUACCCCUCCCCCUCCUCCCACUGUCUGCUCAGAGCCCUCUGUCAUUGCAGAGGAUGAGCCUGAAUGCUACAUUACUGAACAGAAUGUCCCGUCCCCUCCCCUGUGCGUCCCAGAGCCACAAGAGGAGCUGGAAAUCAAGUCUGAGCCUGCUUCUCCAGACCCGUUGUCCCACAUUGUUGAUUCUCCCUCCUCCCCAGCCGACACCCUGGACCUGGGCAGUGAAGUUGAUGUCUUGGAGAGCGAGGUGAAGCCAGUGGUGGCAAAUGUCGUCCCCCAGGUCCAGAGGCUUGUACUCUCCCUUUCACCAACCCGCAUUGUCCUCGUGCUGGCUCCUAAAGAGGAAGUCGCAAUCACUACCACCACUGUAGGCACCACAUCAGAGGUCAUCCGUUCCUCCCCUCCACCAAGGUCCUCCAGAAGCAGACCAUACCCUGAGCCCACAUGUAAAGCUAAUCCACCCUCUCCCAGUGCCACCAGUGUCAAAGUCAAGUCCCUCCGGGGUGCAAGUGGAGAGGAGAAGGUAGCUUUGAAGACUUCAAAGACCAAGAAACUGAAGAAGAUGGAGCAGAAUAAGACGGCCGCCACACGUUACCGGCAGAAGAAGAAAUCUGAGCAGGAAGCACUUCUUGAAGAGCACGCACAGCUGGAGAGGAAGAACAUGGAGCUGACGGAGAAGGCUGAAUCCAUGGCCAGGGAGAUCGAGUAUCUCAAAGAGCUGAUGGAGGAGGUUCGGCUGGCCAGGACCAAAAAAGGUCUCAGUGCUGACCCCUAGUGGUUGAACUUGACAAUGACAUGAUGUGGGUACAAAAAAAAGUGAAAACUGAGGGUGGGGUCAGCUGAUUUUGAUUUACUUCAUGCAAACAAGUAUCAGUACCGAUGUUUGUUAGAACAUCCCCUUUUUAAAUAUCUAACUAUGGUAUUAAAUAUAGAAUACAUUUACAGUAGUUUUAUGCAAACAAUUCCACUCAGUAUAUAAACCUGUGUGCUUUUAUCUUGUAAUGUUUCUACAUUGUUCCUAUCUCUGGACCUCAGUAAUGUGCCAGUAAGAUGUAUUUUUAGCAUUUUAAUAUUUGUGUAUUGUAGUAUAACCGGACCAUCUGUAUUAUGAAUCUCUUAAUAAAGAGUCUUAAACCUGA